GCCGCAGGCCCGGGACCCUGGUGUCCCCGCUCCGGCUCGGCCGGCCGGGCGCGCGCGCGACAGGUUCUUAUUGUAUACUUCAGGCUGUUCUUGAGCUCACAGUGACACACCUGCUCCUGUAUCUCAAAGAUACAAGCGUUCCUAGUUGGGAUAAACAUCAGAGGAUGGAGAGCCUUUAUUCAUAAUCUGAUCCUAGCGACCAGUAGUGGCUGUCCAGACCAUGAGGACAAACUGCUCAGUGUUCAAGGGGACCUGGUUCUCACUGGUGCAGAGAGUGAGUGGGGAGAAGACAUUCAUACCCGAAGACUGAGUGUCACUCACCUGAACCAAUGCUUCUCAACCUUGGCUGUAUUUUGGAGAGGGGGCCUGAGAGCUUGCUGGGUGCUCCCUCUUCUUCUGAAAAGAUCAGCGUGGCACCCUUCUGGCCCCGUACGUGCCCCAUGAGCUUCGCAAGUGCUGGCAGCCCGGCUGUGCUUGGGCCUGGCCUGGUUCAUGUGCACUGAGGGCUGGUCUCACGGAGGUGCAGGCUCACUCUCAGGGCUGAUGGCUGCCCUUCACACAACUCCAGACUCUCCACCCACCCAGCUGGAUCGGGCAGAGGAUGGGUCAGAAUGUGAUGCAGACCCCGAAGAGGAGGAGGAGGAGGAGGAGAAAGGGCAAGAGGAGGCCGAGGGGCAAGGUGAUGAUGAGGAGGCGGUAGGUGAAGAGGAAGAAGAGGCCACACAGGUUCAGGAGGUGGCAGAGGUCGAGGUGGAGGCAGAGGAAGAUGACAGCCACAUCAAAGAUGAUGGUGAUGAUGAUGAUGAUAAUGACAUUGAAGAGGUAUUGGCAGACGAGCCAAGUAUCGCUUUGAGGACCCAGAAGCAACUUAGCCAUGGUCAUGGCGCUCAGUCCCCAGUUCUUCCGGGAAGGGCCCUGCAGGCCUCACGGGUGUCAGCCACCUCUCAAGAUGAGGGACUGGAGGAAGAGGAGGAGGAGGAGGAGGAGGGGGAUUUCCUGACAGCUGAGUCUCAGGGCCUUGUGACCUUUGAAGACGUGGCUGUGUACUUCUCCCUGGAGGAGUGGGAGAGUCUAGAUGCAGACCAGCAAGGCCUCUACCAGGAAGUGAUGCUGGAGAACUAUGGGAUCCUGGUCUCCUUGGGAUACCCAAUCCCCAAGCCGGAUCUGAUUUUCCAUCUGGAACAAGGGGAAGAACCCUGGGUCCCUGACAGUCCCCAUCCUGGGGAAGGAGACAUCGUCACUGGCGUCUACACAGGAGCCUGGUUCUGGACAGAUGACAUGGAGGACCACGAGGAAGAUGAUGAUGAGGACUUUCUGGCAGAGAUGGCCGAGGAGGAGAACGAACCGCCAGGACUUUGGUCUGCUGCGUAUGGAGUGGGAGAUGUGCCUGGUACCUGGGGUCCUGAUGACCCGGACUUGGUGCAGACUCCGGAGGGAUGGGGACCGGACCCAGGAGGUCCUGGAGUCCUGGCCCAGGAGGCCGAAGCCAAGCCGUACCUGUCUGGCCAGGAGCCAGGCGAGAACCUGCUGGCACCCUGGGCAUUUCCCGCGGUGGCAGCCCCUAUGGGGCAGCCCGAGACCACUUGUGACGUGUGUGGGAAAGUGUUCCCGCAUCGGUCGCGGCUGGCCAAGCAUCAGCGUUACCACGCGGCCAUCAAGCCCUUCGGCUGCGACGAGUGUGGCAAAGGCUUCGUGUACCGCUCGCACCUGGCCAUCCACCAGCGGACACACACCGGCGAGAAGCCCUUCCCGUGCCCGGACUGCGGCAAGCGCUUCGUCUACAAGUCGCACCUGGUCACGCACCGGCGCAUCCAUACGGGCGAGCGGCCCUACCGCUGCGCCUUCUGCGGCGCGGGCUUCGGCCGCCGCUCCUACCUGGUGACGCACCAGCGCACGCACACCGGCGAGCGGCCCUACCCGUGCCCGCACUGCGGCCGCAGCUUCAGCCAGAGCUCGGCGCUCGCGCGGCACCAGGCGGUGCACACGGCCGACCGGCCCCAUUGCUGCCCGGACUGCGGCCAGGCCUUCCGCCUGCGCGCCGACUACCAGCGCCAUAGGCGCGGGGGAGGCUGCUCGGAGCCUGGCGGCGACGGCCCACGGGGAGAUCCUCACGAGGUGCUGGUCGCGGCGGGGCCGGAGGAGCCCGAGGCCCCUGAGGCUGGCGAGGCGGACCGAGUCGUCGAAGCGCCGCCGAGAGAGGAAGUGGCAGUGGCAGCAGAGGCUCCCGUGCCAGAGAGCAAGGAGGACCCCGAGCCCGACCGACGGUUGCGCGAGAUGGGCAACGGCCUGCGGGACGGCGGUGGAGGGCCCUCUCCGCAUCCUCUCGGCUUCCACUUUCCCGUGCAUCCCAAGCCCUGGCUGCCUCCGGAUGGCUUUCCAAUCUUGGGGCUCCCGGAGUUUCCCGAGCGGCUGCCGGUCGACGGGCGUCCCUUGCCAGGACCUUUGCUGGGCCCACUGUCCCUGGUGGAGGGCGCGGGGCUGGCCUGCGACCCUUUCCGCGGCGCCGGCAGCGCCCGGGGCGGAGGCGGUAGCCUGCGCGCGUUCGCGCCCGCCGUGGGCGGUCUGCUAGCCGAGCCCGCGCCCGCCUUGGGGGGUCUGGUGGCCGAGCCCGCGCCUGCCGCCCUGGCCGAGGAGGAGAGCCCGUGGAUCUGCUCGGACUGCGGCAAGACGUUCGGGCGCCGCGCCGCGCUGGCCAAGCACCAGCGCUACCACGCGGGCGAGCGGCCGCACCGCUGCGCCGACUGCGGCAAGAGCUUCGUGUACAGCUCGCACCUGGCGCGCCACCGGCGCACGCACACGGGCGAACGGCCUUUCCCAUGCCCGGAGUGCGGCGCGCGCUUCGCCCGCGGCUCGCACCUGGCGGCGCACGUGCGCGGCCACACCGGCGAGAAGCCCUUCGUGUGCGGCGUGUGCGGCGCGGGCUUCAGCCGCCGCGCGCACCUGACGGCGCACGGGCGCGCGCACACCGGCGAGCGGCCCUACGCGUGCGGGGAGUGCGGCCGGCGCUUCGGGCAGAGCGCGGCGCUGACGCGGCACCAGUGGGCGCACGCCGAGGAGAAGCCCCACCGCUGUCCCGACUGCGGCAAGGGCUUCGGCCACAGCUCGGACUUCAAACGGCACCGGCGCACGCACACGGGCGAGAAGCCCUUCCGCUGCAGCGACUGCGGCCGCGGCUUCGCGCAGCGCUCCAACCUGGCCAAGCACCGGCGCGGCCACACGGGCGAGCGGCCCUUCCCGUGCCCCGAGUGUGGCAAGUGCUUCUCGCAGCGCUCGGUGCUCGUGACGCACCAGCGCACGCACACGGGCGAGCGGCCGUACGCCUGCGCCAACUGCGGCCGCCGCUUCUCGCAGAGCUCGCACCUGCUCACGCACAUGAAGACGCACCGCGGCGCGCAGGCGCAGCCCGGGCCCGCCGCCUCGCCCGCGCCCAAGGCCGCCGCGCCCGCCCCGGGGCUCCCGCCGAGCUCCAGCGCCGCCUCCGGGCAGAGCGAGCGCGGCAGCACGCUGCUGGAGUUCGCGGGCGGCACGAGCUUCGGUUCGGAGUCGGCCGCGUUCGCGGGGCCCUCGGGCGCCUACGAGGAGAGCAUCCCGUGA